AUGUUCAACAAAAUCUUCACAAGACCAGCGCACACUGUGCUACGCAGCCAGCAGAAUACAUUGGCCCUCGCGGCCGUGGCCGCGACAAUUGGAGGCUUCUCCUACUACUCGAUUUCAGACAAAAAAACCGAACAAGGCACGAGUAACCAGCACUCGGGGCCAAAGACUUUUGGAAGAGGUCCAGCUUUCACUUCGUUGAAGCUACACAGCGUCGAGAAAUUGAACCACGACUCGAGUCGUUUUAGGUUCAGCUUGCCUACUGAAGAUUCAGUCAGCGGCUUAUCCUUAAUCUCCUCUCUUUUAACCCUCACAAAACCUGCUGACCAAUGGCGUCCGGUAGUCAGGCCUUACACACCGAUCAGCGAUCUAAAUGCGCCUGGCUAUGUGGAUCUGGUAAUCAAACGUUACCCAGGAGGCCAGGCAAGCCAGCACAUCCAUUCCCUCAAACCGGGAGAUUCGUUGUUUAUUCUCGCAGCUCUCGGCGGGUACAAGUGGAAGCAGAAUGAAUUCAAUCACAUUGUUAUGAUUGCCGGUGGGGCAGGUAUCACCCCCAUGGCUCAACUCCUGAGGGGCAUCUUCUCCAAUCCCUCGGAAAAGACCAAAGUAACCCUUCUGUUCGGCAUCAACACGGAUGAGGACGCCCUCUUCCGCUCCGAAUUUGACAAGAUUGCAAAGACUCACCCGGACCGCUUCAGCGUCGUCUACACCGUUACUCGCCCCAGCCCAGACUCGGUCUUCCGCAAGGGCCGAGUCACGAAAGAACUGAUCAAGGACGCGUUAUCCAAAACCUCGAAUGUGCCUGAGAAGGUGUUUGUAUGCGGACCGCCGGCGAUGGAAGCGUCGCUCCUGGGCGAGCGCAAUGGGAGUCAAGGAAUCCUUGGAGAGUUGGGAUUCAGCAAGGAUCAGAUUUACCAGUGUUAG